AUGGAUGCUGCAGGUUUGAUGGAUUUGGGAUACAGUGGUUGUCCUUAUACAUGGAAAAAUGCGAGAGAAGGGGCAAAAUUGAUCAUGGAACGGCUCGACAAAGCUCUUGCCAACCCACCUCUCUUGGAUGCUUUCCCCCAUAUUAAGGUACACCACUUAACUCGAAUUCAUUCUGAUCAUUGUCCUAUUAUAGUGUCAUUAGAUAAUCCCAUUCUUAAAGGUCCAUUUCCUUUUCGUUGUAAAGAAGUAUGGAUGGAACAUCCAAAUUUUAAGAAUUUCUUUACUAGUAAUUGGCUGUCUGUUAAUACUGAUUUCCUAAUUGGCAAAAAGAGGCUUUUAGCUCGUAUUAACGGAAUUCAAAUAGCCUUAGCAAAGAAUUAUAGCACCUUUUUAGUUAAUUUGGAAGCUAGCUUAAUUAAGGAUUUGACAGAUAUCUUUAACAAGGAAAGGCAAAUUUGGGCUCAAAAGACAGGGAUUAAUUGGAGAAAGUUUGGGGAUUAUAGCACUAAAUAUUUUCAUGUUUUGGCUAAAAUUAAAAAAAGUAGAGGAAAGGUCCUAACUUUGAAAAAUGAUCAUGGUGAUUGGGUUACUGAUCCUGAUACUUUAAAAAAUAUGGCGGCAAACUUUUAUAGCAAUAUGUUUAGAACCACUCAUGAUUGCAGUAAUUUUGGGGCAGUUCUUCCAACUAGCAAAGUUUUAAGUAUUGAGGAUAUUUCUGAUUUGGGUCGUCCUGUUACAAAGGAAGAGAUUAAAUUCAACUUGUCAUGUAUGGACCAAUAA